GAAAGCCGAACGCUGGUGGCCGCACGAACUGCACCUUUCCUGCUCAUGUUUGCAACGUUGUGCCUCUUUGCCUUUUGCACUUGACACCGACUUGUUUGCGCGCACGCACGCCCGCUCAACCUCGACUUCAGAGCUCCGGCACACGGCGCCAACGGAUCUUCCGCCACGGGCCCCGGCUUUGCAGCAGACGCCACCGCAGGAUAGAGGCCACAAACCGGAAGCAGUCCACCGGCCAAGCAGACGCAGCAGCAGCUGGACCUUCAGCACCACCGCUCUCUCACCGUUGUCCGCUGGCUCAGCUGCCACGGCGACACGGCGUCGCUGACGGCAUUCAUUGUCGCGGCAGCAUCACCACCCGCGUGGCUGUCCGAGCGAGCAUUGAUUUGAGAGGUUGCGUGGCUCUAGACCUGUCCACGCGUAGCCGCUACUCAAAUCACCAGGUCGGCCCAUUGCUUUUCGUAUAGGACCGGCGUGCGCAUUGCGACACUCGAAUGCGCCCUUGUGCGACCGUGUCUUGCAGUGGUCGCAUUGGAGUCCUGCUGCGCUGCUGUCCAGCGGCAGUUGUGGAGGAGCGCGUUUACCGCUGCGGAUGAGGAUACAGUAACCGGUAUGACGAUUUAGCAAGCAUCGAAUACACAUGGCAGCAAUAACGACGCGCGCAACCACCCCAUCGUCCUCCGCCCUUGCCCCCACCUCCACCUCGGGCGCGCCACGCACGUCGCCGUCGACAUCGCUCACGUCCGGUCCCGGCGCCACCGCCCACGGCAGUCUCGAGAACUCCAACCUGCUGCGCCCCAGCUCGCAGAAGCCGGACCCCAGGACGAGCGCCUCGCCCAAGUCCGACCAGGUACAUCUCUCACCACGAGCCACGCCGCUACCGCUCACAGGCGCAGCGGCGAUGGCCGAGAUGAAGCGGCGGAAGCAGGCAGACGGCUCGCGCCAGACGAGCCCAAACCCACAGGUCGCAGCGAUGCAGUCCUUGCUAGGUACCGGAGGUAUGAGCAGACCCUCUGACGCACCAGCACCCGACAAGAUGAGCUCGCCGUUGCGCAAAGUGGCCGAGAAGAUCAAUAUUCCUAAUAGUAAUGCGCAAGCAGAGCAGGAACAGGAUGUCAGUCCGGUAAGCCUGGGCAGUUUUGGCUCGACGAUAGAGGGCACCAACUCCAGCGCCGCUAUGACCGCCACAGCAAACGACCAACCCAACUCAAACUUCGUGGCUGAGCCGGCAGAGCUCAAUGAUGGAGCAGGCUAUGCAUCGCACAACGGCAACCUCGCCGUACAAGACCACAACGACAAAGCCUUGUCGCUGUCCUAUCCCGGCCCACCACAACAGGAUGGACAGGAUGGCGGACCUUCGCGCAGUAUGACUCUGCCCGGCAUGGGCCAGAAUAGCCCGAAAUCGCCUGCAUCGAACAAACGACACAAGUGCCCGUAUUGCGCGACCGACUUCACUCGGCAUCACAACCUCAAAUCGCAUCUUCUCACUCAUAGUCAGGAAAAGCCGUACGUGUGUCAGACAUGCCAAGCACGCUUCCGGCGUCUGCACGAUCUAAAGCGACACACUAAGCUACACACCGGAGAAAGACCACAUACGUGUGACAAGUGUGGCCGUAAAUUUGCCCGGGGCGAUGCAUUGGCGCGGCAUAACAAAGGACCAGGUGGCUGCGCGGGUCGUCGAUCCAGCUUUGGAGGCGAAGACGACGACGGUGAGGGCUACGAAGGCAUGGAUGGAGUCGAGUACGAAGAGGGAGUUGAUGAGCACGGUCAUCGCAAGAGCUCUAAGAGGCAGCAGCUGGAAACACCACAGGACGCUGACAGGUCGGUGUACCGCCAGCACUCGAGCACAUACCCGCCAGCACCGCGUCAAAUGCAAGGCAGCAUGGGUCCACCGCAGGUCGUCCAUCCUGGCGGUGCAACGUCGCCACGCGAGAUGUCUGGACAACCCAGCCCAGCUGGAGGGCAGGUGAACGCUUCGUACUAUGGGCAAGGCCAGGUCUUUGGCGAGCCAGGCUUGAUGACUUCUUCACCUAAGCCAUUGUCGCCAGGUCAGCCGCACGACCAGCAUCGCUUGAGUGUUGGCGACAGCAACGGACAGCUCGGUCGUAACAGGUCCACAAGCUUGACGACGCAGUUCCAGCAACAACAUUUUGGGCGCGGCAGUGGACCUGGGGUCCGAUCACCGCCACAGCCCAACAACCAAUUUGCUCCGAAUGCGAACCAGGUUCAGCCACAGCACACCAUCCUGCCACCCCUAGGUAGCCAGCCACAGAUGCGUGGUGCGCUGCCGCCUGCUGGUCCGCCCAAUAUGAUGCAACCAUAUCCAGCUACAGGUAUGGCAUCCAACCCAGGCAGCUUGUCUAGUCACGGCCGAUCCUCCGGAAGCAGCAUGCGCGACAUCGCAAACCAAGGACAGAAUCAGAGCUCUGAUGACAUCUGGACAUACGUGCGCACUCUCGAAUCAAGGCUCAGCAGAAUGGGCGAUGAGUACGAAUUGCGCAUCAGUCGCAUGCAAGAAGAAAUCAUCUCGCUGAAGCAGCAACUCGGGCAGCUAUCGAACCAAGCCAGCUACAGUAGCGAUAUGGCGCGGCAAGGACCUUACCCAUGACAAUUGAUGUCUGCCUUCUGCCAUGAACGAAACAACGAUUGAUGAUAGACCACCUGGAUGGCUGAAGGAUGAAGAUGAAGACGAAAACGACUACCGCAACAUCACUGUACAGUACGACGCGUCAUCGAUGGGCAACGCUCAAGCAAUAUGAAUGGAGCUUGUUAUCGACUUAGAAGAGGCACAUCUGUGAUACCAAUUGGGAUGGAAGCAUGGAAGUACUGGCGUUUUGCUUGAUCGCGAAGGACUUUGUUAGAAGUCAGUCGAAUGGGAAGAGGAAACAGUGUGUGACGUGUACUACUAUGGAUUGGAAUGCACAGCGAGGUGGGACGACGGACGGCGGCAUGAUUGCUUUGACAAAAGUGAGCUCUCCGUGCCGGAAUUUGUUUUGUAUCUUCGGUCACAAUACCCCCCAUUCGCUUCAAUUGUUUAUAUAUAGUUCUGGACGGAUCGCUAGAAUGGCGCAUGGAUCUGUAAGAACAUAAUGGAACUCAUAGACGAAGAUGGGCGUGCUGC